AUGGAUCUGGCAAAGGGGAACAGCGAAGCGAUCGAGCAUGUCUCCACACAGCUGGAGCCUGACAUGAUCUCCAAGGAGCGACCUGUUAUGCGGUCUAAAGUAGACGACUUUACCGUGUGGCAGAGUGUGAAACAAUUCAAGCUUGUAUCCCUAGUUGCGAUGGCUGCAGCGUUCAGUGCAUCGCUCGAUGGGUACCAAAUUAACCUGAACGGUGGAAUCGUGUCGAACAAAGGGUUUAUUGGCCAGAUGGCAACCGAGGGCACUACGAUCAUUCAAGGAAAAUAUGUUUCAGCGUGGGGAGGGAUCCAGUCAGCCGGCCAGACAGUCGGCCAAAUCCUCCUCCAAUAUGUCACCGAAGCGUACGGACGAAAGGUUGCGUUAUACAUUAUCUUUGUCGACCUGGUCGUGAGCAUUUUCAUCGAGAGUUUUGCUACUCGCUGGGACCACUGGCUUGUCGCAAAGCUCUUCUCCGGCAUGGGCGUUGGCAUGUUGCAGUCUACUAUGCCUCUUUACCUAUCAGAGAUCUCUCCGUCUCAGCUCCGAGGUCUAUAUAUCAACGCCUACAGCUUUUGGUUUGUCAUUGGCCAGAUCUUCGCUUCGGUAGCGCUCAACCAGCUCAACGCGGUGGACCCGUACAAUUUCCGAUUAAUCUUCGUGCUUCUCCCGGAGUCGCCAUGGUGGCUCGUCAGCAAGGGCAAGCUCGAACAAGCAGCCAAGAUCUUGAAGAGAUACAACGGCAACGUCAAGGAGUACAGCGUUGAUGAGCAAAUUGAAGUAAUGACCGCAACAGUUGCAGAGGAGCGCCGCGUUGCCGAGCGCAACAGGGAAGAAGAUAGAUGGGCUAUCUUCCGAGGACGCAAUCUCAUCCGCUUUAUCAUUGCUGGUUGGCCCAAGAUUGCGCAACAGUUUGUUGGUCUUGCCGUAUUCAACACCUACGCCACAUAUUUCUUCCAAUAUGCCGGAUUCAAGGAUCCGUUCCAGGUUACCAUGAUUCUGUCUUGUGUUCAGCUCAUCUCGAUGAUCCUCACAGCCGCGCUGACCGAUCAAUUCGGCCGCCGCCCGCUUACAGUCUACCCCUACGCGAUCACAAGCAUAUCACUGCUAUGUCUGGGUGUCGUCGGCUGCUUCGACUAUACCAAGCCAGCAUUGAGCUCGCUUCUGAUCUUCUUCGCCUGCCUGGCCACAUUCUCAACCACCGGCGCAUCAGCCAUUGGCUAUGCGUACGCCGCUGAAAUUCCUCAGCAGCGCCUGCGUGCCCAGACAACGGGCUGGGCUUUGGCCUUGUCCAAUGGAGUUGCGAUUAUGUUUAGCUUUACCACGCCCGAUAUGAUUAAUGGGACUGUUACCCAAUGGGGUGUGAAGACGGGUUUCUUCUUUGCGGCAACGGGUGCCAUUGCUGUGGUCAUUGCUUGGUUUAUUCUCCCUGAGGUGACGCGUCGCACACCUGCUGAAAUUGAUGAGAUGUAA